UAGGCCUUGAGGCCAGUCAUUCCUGGGGCCCCACUUCUCUCUGUGGCUUCGGCCCACUACUAGUCAUGGCCAGCAAGAAUGAUACUGGUGAGGAGAUGGCUCAGGUCCCCACCUUAGAGGCUGCCUUGGCGAUGGUGGGUGGCAACCCUAGUGGAGGUGACGCCUGCUGUGUGAUUGACCUAAAUAACGGGGGCAGCCAGUUCUGUGAGGGCCAGAACGACUCAGCUGAGGCUGUGAUUAGGAUUCCGAGGCGCCGUUCAUCACGAAGGCAGCGGCGAACUACAUUCCAGUUCACACUGGGGCAGGUGGAGGAAAUGGAAAAAAUGUUCAAAGAAACCCAGUAUCCUGAUGCGCUUGCCAGAAAGGAACUUGCACAAGCUUUGAGUGUUACUGAAGUCAAAGUGCAGACAUGGUUCGUCCAUCGGAGAGCAGAAGAGAGGAAGAGUGAGAGGUCUGUUGAAUUACAGAACAUACCUCCUCGUAUUGAAAAGGUCCUUCUCCCUAGGGAAAGGGACGACAAUCCCUAGAGUGCAAUUUUUGUUCCAGAGCUAAAGGGAAAUCUGCUGACACAUAUACUCAAUAUACAGCUUCACUAAAAUUCAGCACUCAUGUUAACAAUAAAAUCAUGAAUUUCCAAGUUA